AUGCCAUGCCACAAUCAGCAAAUGAGCAAUGUAAAUACCGGGCAGGAACACUCAAUGAAGCAAGUACGUUUUGCCACAAACAGCAGCAGCAAUGUGGCCGCUGUGUUGCCCAUUGCUGUCGAGGCAGGUGAUGCCAGCAGUACACAGCCUGUAAACCAGGAUUCAUUGGGACCUCAACUCAAACUGCUUCCACUCAAUGACCAGAUCCGAGAAUUACAGACUAUUAUUAGAGACAAGACUACCAGCAGAGGCGAUUUUGUGUUUAGUGCGGACCGAUUGAUCAGACUUGUAGUGGAAGAAGGCUUGAAUCAAUUGCCUUACUCCGAGUGCACUGUGACCACACCUACAGGUUAUAAAUAUGAAGGAGUCAAGUUUGAAAGAGGCAACUGCGGCGUCAGCAUUAUGCGAAGUGGUGAAGCCAUGGAGCAGGGCCUGCGGGACUGCUGCCGCUCCAUUCGCAUUGGCAAAAUUCUCAUCCAAAGCGAUGAGGAGACCCAGAAAGCCAAGGUUUACUACGCCAAGUUCCCUCCAGAUAUUUACAGAAGAAAAGUGCUGCUCAUGUACCCCAUCCUCAGUACUGGGAACACUGUGAUUGAAGCAGUGAAGGUGCUGAUAGAGCAUGGAGUCCAGCCCAGGCAUAUUAUCCUCCUCAGCCUCUUCUCCACACCUCACGGAGCCAGAUCUAUAAUUCAGGAGUUCCCAGACAUCACCAUAUUGGCAACAGAAGUUCACGCUGUGGCGCCAACACAUUUUGGACAAAGGUAUUUUGGCACCGAUUAA